GGACUUACCGGUGUAAUGUAACCUUUAGUUCGUAUUUCACAAAAGCUACUUCCCUUGUUUGUAAUUUAACCACUGUGAUAACAAGCUAUAAAUUGUCGACAAUAUACAAUAUUAUGGCAGAAUAUAUACCCACGGAGAUUCAAAACACGGCGAAGUUGUUAAGAGAGGAGUAUGAACGGCGAGAACAACAACAGAAGAAACAUUACUUCCUGUUUACACAGCUUCAGGACAUGGCCCGAGAAAUACCAGGAAAGUACCAGCAGCGGCUACCCUAUGACCUGCUGUCAGGUCUUGCCAAUGCGCUGCUAGAUGGCACAGUGUUCCAGAUUGUUAAUGGACUGCGGGAGGUGCAGGAAUGGGAAGAGAGAGCCAUGGCACAGCAGAGGACCAAACUCAUCCAAGACCACAAGACCCAGAAGCACGAGUUACAGAAGAAACAUAAGGCCCUGCUGCAGGACUGCCAGGCCCGGCCUCACAAUCUCACUCUCACCAAGGCACAGAUUGACAGAGAAAUGGAGACUACAUACAAGCGAUGUGAGGAGGAGAUUCGAAAGAAAGAUCAGAAGAUAAUCUUGGAGCUUGACCAGAAGGUGAUGGAUCAACAGUCCACCUUGGAGAAAGCUGGUGUAUCUGGCUUCUGUGUUACCAAUAAACCCCUGGAUAUUCGCAUGCAAAUGUACCUCCUUGACUUCAUUGUACGUUUGUCUAAACUUGAGAUGCCUUCUUGAAGAAAACAAAUAUAUUUUUGUGGUUGAUAAAAGCUGAUGGAACAUACCCAGACCUACAAAUGAAUUUCCUUCUCUUCAUUGUGCAGUUAUGUACAAAUGAGAUGCCAUCUUGAAGAAGUGUUAAUUUGUUACUGUUACAAAAGGUAUUCAUGUACCUGCUUUAGUUAUGAUGACAUAAGAUGCUGAUUUCAAAAUAAACAGAGUCUUCGACAUAACAUGGUUUCCAAUGCACUUAAAGCUCAAACCUCAAAAAAAGGUAUUUCUCCAUUUAUUCAAUUUGCUCAUAGUGAAAAAUUGCACUUAAUGAAACAAAAUCUACUUGUUCUGGACAAGCAUACAAGUUGUAAUGGCGAAGACUGUGUUAAACAUUGACAUGAACAGUGCUUGCCUUCACCAUUCUUAAGCUCUCAAAACUGAGUAUAAAGACAGAAAAGAAGACAAAAAAAUUAGAUGCUAAAAUAAAAAUGACAUAUAUUUUGUGUCCUGGAAAACUUGAUAAUUAAAUGAGAUACGCCAUAAAAACUAUGUGUUAAGAUAUAUGGA